AUGGCCCCGUCACCCGCGUUGCCCUCGUCCUCGUCUACUCCCCAGGCGCACGCAUCCGUCGAGAGCAGGCGAACAGCACCAUCGCAACAGCAGCGCCGUGCCUCGCCGCCCUCGAGCGCGACCCCUCCUCCCAUCGCCGACCACGCCGACACCUCGGCUACCGCAACUUCCGCCUCAUCAGCCCACCCAACCACCAUCGCGACACCAACACCUUCGGCCAUCGCUGGUGGCCAGCACCACCGGCAGCAGCGGCAGCGAUCGAUUUCUCUUGCCACCUCACCGAUGCCCUCCGCAACACCGUCGGGGAUGAACGGCCGCUCGGUACCAUCGACGCUUUCUUUUGCUGUUCCCAACACUCCUCGACCUUCCACAGCCCAGCCUUCAGGCGCCAACAACAACCACGCCUCGAGUACCGGCAAUUCGAGUCCCUCGACCCCCAACUCGUCCUCAUCCUCGCCGCGCGCCGAUCCUCAAGCUGCGCCGUCAACCGAAAAGCCAAUUUCCAGCAAGCGAUUCUCCUCCAUCCCCCGCUUCUCUUCCCUGUCUUCCCGAUUCAGUCUCCCAAUUACCCUCCGCAGCCGAAAAAACCAUGUCGCAGACUUUCAUAUCCAGCCGCAGGAGCCUCAUAAGAAGUAUACUGCCGGUGAGAACGUCCGCGGGUCGGUGAUUCUCGUUAUCGUGAAGCCUAUUCGCAUCACCCAUCUGACGGUCUCUCUCAACGGCUUUGCCCGCGUCCUCAAGGAACCAGCGGUCAGCGCAAGCCCGCACGCUCUCCUACCAUCCGGCGGCUCAGAGACUCCGCGGUAUCAUGGCCAUGGCUUCGCCAGCAUUUUCCAGGACGAGCAGGUGCUGAGUGGGGAUGGCAGGCUGGAGCCCGGGAAAUACGAAUUUGGGUUCAAUUUGGUAUUUCCUGAAAGAGGGCUACCGAGUAGCAUUGACAGCUCCUCUGCUCCGGACUUAAAUUAUCGGGGCAAAAUACUAGGUGAAAACGGGCUAACAUGGCAGCAGUUCGAACGAGGGUCGAUUUCCUAUCUAAUUAUGGCAACAUUGACCAGACCGACAUCGAUGGCGGCUACGACCUCAUGCGACAGGAAGGUUACUCUGGUUGAGAAGGUGGAUAUUGGUCUACUGGCACCGCCACGCCCAAAGACGAUUUUUCUAGAACCCAUCUCGAAAAGGGUCAAAAGAAGGAAAUCGUUUGCUCCCGAGAAGGUCGUUCAAGCCACUACUCAAGAAGUAGCCAAUGAUAUUGCCUCUGAAGUUGGCUCCGUUGCUCCAUCCACAACAGCCGAAGAUUUGAAUCGGGACCGUGGGCUAGACCAGUCCGAUAUCCGUAGUGAGAUCAGCGGUGAGAGUGGCCGAAGCGCAAGCACGGGCGGCUUGAGUCGGGCAGAGCUUGCCCAGGUUGCGACGGCCAAUCAACAGGUUGUGGAUGACAAGACCAUUACAGCAACUGUUGAGUUGCUGCGGGGGGGUUGUCUGCCUGGGGACACGGUCCCUGUACGCGUUACCGUUCAGCAUAUCAAGCGAAUGAAGAGCAUGGCUGGUGUCAUUGUCACUUUAUUCCGGCAGGGUAGGAUUGACUCGGCUCCUCCUCCCGAACUCUUCUCGGCCGAACUGUCCAAGGAGGAUAGGAAGCGCGCGGACAAAAACGAGAGUUUUCCCAAGUCUCGAACUGGGCUUGGGGGCUUGUCCAUGUCCUCAUCGGGGUCCAAGAGCAUUUUCCGCAAGGAUUUGGAUCAGAACUCUGCGCCUUUAAUCAUUCAUCCGGCGACGUUGCAAACUUCAGUCACAGUGUCGGUCAAAAUCCCCGACGACUCAUUCCCCACUAUCAAGGGCGCGCCCGGGAAUAUGAUUGGGUUCAAAUACCAAGUUGAAGUAAUCGUUGACUUGGGAGGCAAGUUAACUAAUCAACUUCAAGGAAAUCGGUCGUCAUCCAGGGUUGGACAAAGCAACGGUUGGUUCGAAAACGGAAAUACCUACGGUCCCAGGCACGGAAGCUCUACCAUCAUUGAUACCUCACCUCUACGGAGAGAAAAGGGUGUCGUCUCGAUGACGAUAGAAACCAUUGUCGGAACGGUGGAUAGUUCACGGGGAAGAGGGAAACCACGAACACAGAGACAGAUGUCGCCAUCAUCGGGUAUAGCUCAGAGCGACGAAGACGAAGCAUAUUAUACGGAACAUAGCCAACCCGAUGAAAAUCACUGGAUAUCGCCGUCGCCCUUUGUUGGCGGCUACCCUCAGAAUACCAAUUUUGCUCCCCAGGCAGGCAACCAGCCUUACUAUGGAGCACCGCCGCCUACACACCCCCAACAACCACACGGACCUACAGCUCCUUCACAGCCGUAUCCUUAUUCAGUGAACGGAGAAACCAAUGGUGUCGGACACGUCCCAGCACCGGACUACAUUCCCUCACCUCAGGUUCCCGAUGAGCGGAACAUGUCCGAAAAGGAGCGAAUCCAGCUAGCAGAGAACAGGCUGCUUCCCAGCCAACCACCAGCGGCUGGUCCUUCGUCUCCGCCAGACAAUGAGGAGGAAAACAUUUACGAUGCAGAUGAAACACCACGCUUGCCUCAUGUCACUCCCAGCUUCCCUAAUAGAGACGCAGAGGAUGGCCCGUCAGCCCCUACGGAAGGUGAUCUACAGCCGCUUUCUCCGAGCGAUCCAUCUCAAGACAAACAAGAAAUCGAGCGCGAGCGUUUACUGGCCGAGGCGAGCGCGCCCCAAAUCCCCGAAGACAUGCAGAGACCCGACAGCACGUCAAGGCGGGAUAUGGCCCCAGACGCCGAGCCAAGCGCUCCCAUGAUCACCGAAGAGGACGAAUAUCGAGGGUACGGAGUUGGCGCGGGCCCUUCCAGAGCACGGGAUCACAGACUUCAUAAUGAACAACUACCAGCAUAUGAGCGAUGA